CCUGAUGCAGGGAUCGAUCCCAGCACCCUGGGAUCAUGGCCUGAGUCGAAGGCAGAGGCUUAACCCACUGAGCCCCCCAGGCGCCCCAAGCUUCUGCUAGCUUUAUGCCGUAGGCUUUUCAAGGGCCCUGCCUGGGAGACCUGAACCUCUAACACCUUCGUUCUUGCCUCUGUCCUCUGCCGACUCCCCCAGAUCUCCAGCAGCCUCGGUCAGUGGUCCCCAAGCUAGGGACCUGUUCCCCUCUCCGGCCAAGCGGUAGAUCCCGCUCGUCCCUUGCACGCGCCGUGCUAGGAAGCACCUUCAGGGCGGGUGACGCUCUCCUCCCUCAUGGCGUUGGUUGACCGCAGCGCCCAGCGGCUACUUUGGAAGGGCGCAAGAAGGUCACUUAAUGUGUGAAAGUUCACAGAGGCUUCUAGAAACUCCUCCCAGAGCUAAGACGUCAGGCUGAGGCCUUUAAGCCUGCAGUCGGGUGCUCAGUACCGUGCUCCUGCCUCUUGGGGGCAGGUGGUGGUUUCUCUUGUCGGGGGAGAUGCUUACCAUGUGAGCAACGACGCACCGCUGACUCGGGGCCUUGCGGUCGGGGCUGUGGCGGUGAGCACCCGUGCUCCUCCCCGCAGGCUUCUCGGGCACGUUCACAUUUGUCUUUGGCAGUUGGUAAAUCAAGUGAAAGUUGCUUGUAAUUGCUUUGAUGGUUUGCAUUUCGUAGCAGAAGUUACCCGAAAUUCACUUCCAGUCACACAGGAGAUGGGACACCGAGAACAGCGACUUCAGUGGGGUCUGAGGAGCCCCCGCAUGGUCUUGAGAACUUGCCUGGGGGCCUGUGAGGCCGGUUUUCCUAACGAUCAGUAGAGGCCACUUGCCUCUUUCGUGUGCCGGUACUUGCGGCGAUGGUGCGGGUUGAUGUGGAGAAGCUGCGGCCGUCGGGCCACGCCGGAGGCCAAGGCCCCAGACUGCACUUGGGUCCUUAUAAAAGAAGCCAUUUUCCUUUAAGAAUGUCCCUGAUGCAGCAGUAAAAACCUAUUUCAUUGAGUCUCAACCUGCGAGUACACGUCCCUUUAACACUCAGUGUGACCAGCGGGAAGUUCGUGGAAAGCAGGCGUCUGGCUUUCCGAGUGCGCGUGGCCUCAAGGACAAGCCCUCCCGCCCCUCCCGUGCUCGCUCAGCGAACCGUCUCUGUUCACGGGCCGGCGGGAAAGAGUAAUUGACAAACUGCGGAUGUUUCUUGCUCAGUGAACAGAGUUAGCCACCAGCGCUCUCGCCGGUGAUCAGAUUGGGGCUUCCAAGUGGGAUUGGAAUUUCGGAAAGUGUGUCUCUGCCGUGGGGACCCCGACAGCUCCUCGGUACUUACAGAUGUUUCUGCUACCAGCGUUACUGUAAAUGAACGUCAUGCUUUGAUGAGACCUAAUAAACCGCGUUUGGAAAACCCUCAUCACUCAGUGACCCAGUGUUUUCCAGAUGAGCAGUGCACGACGUUACGCACUGGCCCUCUGGGAGAUCCGUGGACAGUGCAAGACGGACCAGUGGAUUUCAGAGUCAGAAAGUGAAACGGUCACUGAUGAGGUUUCACAUUCCACACCACAACGAGACUUUGGGGGAGAAUAAGACACCUGUGGAGUUCUGGUGCGCAGCGACAGGGAACAGCCACAGCCACCUAAAACGGUGCUGAAGCAGUGUCCCAGUCUCGCUUCUGUGGGACGGUGGCUUGUCUUCGUGUGUGUCAGCCAGCAUGGUUCCGAGUGCAAGACUGAAAGUUGCCGCAGAUCUGGAAAUCCGGUUAUUUUUCCGUGAAGUCUGACCUCGAGAUUCUGCUGCUGCUCUUGCUUCGGGAUCUGUGGUUAUUUUUCAUAAAAGAUGUUUGGUGGCAGAAACGCGGUCCUGCGUGAGUUUGGUUCCUGCCCACUGCCCGGCCACUCUACUCUCCCUCUGGAUGAUGUCAGAACAGGACCUGGCGGAUGUGGUGCAGAUUGCCGUGGAAGACCUGAGUCCCGGUCACCCAGUCGUGCUGGAGAACCAUGUGGUGGCGGACGACGACGAGCCGGCCCUGAAGCGCCAGCGCCUGGAGAUCAACUGCCAGGACCCCUCCAUCAAGUCGUUCCUGUACUCCAUUAACCAGACGAUCUGCUUACGGCUGGACAGCAUUGAGGCCAAGCUGCAGGCUCUCGAGGCCACAUGCAGGUCGUUAGAAGAGAAGCUGGACCUGGUCACCAACAAGCAGCACAGCCCCAUCCAGGUCCCCAUGGUGGCGGGCUCCCCUCUCGGCGCGACCCAGACGUGCAACAAAGUGCGAUGCGUCGUCCCCCAGACUACAGUAAUACUCAACAAUGAUCGGCAGAACGCCAUUGUAGCCAAGAUGGACGACCCCUUGAGCGGCAGGGCGCCGGAUUCCCUGGAAAAUGUCAUUAGCAACGCGGUGCCCGGGCGACGGCAGAACACCAUUGUGGUGAAGGUGCCGGGUCAAGAGGACAGCCACAACGAGGACGGGGAGAGCGGGUCCGAGGCCAGCGACUCCAUUUCCAACUGUGGACAGUCAGGAAGUCAGAACAUUGGCAACAACGUCACCCUCAUCACCCUGAACUCGGAAGAGGACUACCCCAACGGCACGUGGCUGGGCGACGAGAACAACCCCGAGAUGCGCGUGCGCUGCGCCAUCAUCCCCUCGGACAUGCUGCACAUCAGCACCAACUGUCGCACUGCCGAGAAGAUGGCCCUGACGCUGCUGGACUACCUGUUCCACCGGGAGGUGCAGGCCGUGUCCAACCUGUCGGGCCAGGGCAAGCACGGCAAGAAGCAGCUCGACCCCCUCACCAUCUACGGCAUCCGCUGUCACCUGUUCUACAAGUUCGGAAUCACGGAGUCCGACUGGUACCGGAUCAAACAGAGCAUCGACUCCAAGUGCCGGACGGCCUGGCGGCGGAAGCAGCGGGGCCAGAGCCUGGCCGUCAAGAGCUUCUCCCGGAGAACGCCGUCCUCGUCUUCAUACAGCGCCUCAGAGACCGUGAUGAGCACCCCGCCCCCCGCCAGUGAGAUGCCGCAGCCCCCGCCACAGGCCCUGCACUACGCCCUGGCCAACGCCCAGCAGGUCCAGAUCCACCAGAUCGGAGAGGACGGACAGGUCCAAGUAAUCCCACAGGGCCAUCUCCACAUCGCGCAGGUGCCGCAGGGCGAGCAGGUGCAGAUCACGCAGGACAGCGAGGGCAAUCUCCAGAUCCACCAUGUGGGCCAGGAUGGGCAGGUGCUGCAGGGCGCCCAGCUGAUCGCCGUGGCCUCUUCCGACCCCACUGCUGCAGGCGUGGACGGCUCGCCCCUGCAGGGCAGUGACAUCCAGGUCCAGUACGUGCAGCUUGCCCCAGUGACUGAGCACAGCGCUGCGGCUCAGACGGCUGAGACCCUGCAGCCCAGCCUGCAGCCUGAAAUGCAGCUCGAGCACGGAGCCAUCCAGAUCCAGUAGGCGGGAAGGCCGCCCACCCACCACAGGACCUAAGAUGCAGCUGCGGCCGUGCUCUGCGCCGGCUUCAGCCUCCCGCCCCAUCCUGCGCGCCCCAGCCCCACGGCUUUGCACGGAGGGGACUGCACGUGUUCUGUUCGAGUGCGUCGGAAAGCCUCACCCGCGCGGACGGGGGUCCAGGCCAACACAGGGUGACAGUAACAGCCACCGCCCCUGCCGGAAGACCCUUCCUUUUGAGUCCCACUGUUGGUGUCCAGAGAGAGAGUGGGGAGGCACAGCGUGGAUUGCGUUAAGUACGUGCGGAAAAUCAAGAACUACGAUAUUUUUCUCUGUUCAAACAGCUUUUUUUAAUUUGCUAUGGUGUUUAUAACAAAAGAGAAAAUUGAAAAAAAAAAAGUGGAGUAGCAGAAGCCUUUUGCUGUGUGCUCUGUUCCGUGUAAUGAAAAUAGGUAUUUGCAAAAGACAACUAACGAUUUUGAUGGAAAUAUUGCUUACCUACUUUUCUAGGGGGAAAUGCUCUCAACACUGUUAAUUAUGCAUUUCUAAUGAAAUAAAAUGUAUUUAUGACCACA